AAGUAAAGCAUACUGCAAACAGUGUCGUAAAUAAAACCGACAACAGGGCUGAGGAAAAAGAUGAACGAUUCAAUCUCAGACUGUGAUACCUCGGAGAAAUUAUCAAAUCUUAUUGCCAAAAUAGCUUGUGCGGUUUUGUUGUUUUCUGUCAUGGGAGCCACAGUGUUUGGAAAUGUUAUGCUGAUAUUCAAAGUGAUAAGGAAAGCUGAUUUCCAAAGAAAAAUUAAUGUGUUUGUGAUUUCUCUGGCAGUUGCUGAUGGUUGUGUUGCUAUUUUGGUUAUGUUGCCCUCCAUCCUUCAAGACCUUAUAAGUCAGUCGUUAUUACAUGGAACAUUGAUCAGUAAGGUAACUUUUGCCUUUGAUUGCAUGUUUACCACAUCAUCCAUUUUGCAUUUUACGUGUAUGAAUAUCGAUAGAUUUAUAGCUGUGAGCGACCCAUUGAAAUAUUUCCGAAAAAUGACUUCGAAAGUAGUGACAAUGAUGAUAAUAUUAUGUUGGAUUUUAUCAACUGCCAUUUCAGUGACCAUUGUUCUUCUAAAUUCAGAAAAUGUUGGAUGUGAAUAUAGUCUAAAUGUGAAAGGCAUGGCUUCCGUUGUGGGUGCCCUACUUGCAUUUUACAUACCACUUUUAUUAAACAUUGUUGCUGGUGUAAAAAUUGUAUUGAAAGUUCGCAACAGAAAUAAAUUUCUGUGUAAUGAUUUGGAAGAAAGAAGCACGGUUUUGUCUCGUCGUCAGCAUCAUAAACUGGAGACCAGGGUUACAAGAACAAUUCUGAUAUUACAGGGAGCAUUUGCUGUGUGUACCACUCCAUUCUUUUUGCUUCUCCUUUUAGAGAAUCUCUUUGGAAUAAAAGCCUCUUACACUGCUUGGUUCGUGGUAGCAUGGCUUGGAUAUUUCAAUUCAAUGAUAAAUCCGUAUUUGUAUUAUUUCUUGAAUAAAAGAUUUAAGAAUACGUAUGAAAAUAGUCACAGGAAGUGUAUACAAUAUGAAAAUAAAAUUUGAAUUUCUCCUAUCAUUUUAUUU